UAGAGGAGCGUGAAGUUGAAAGUGUCAAAGAGCGGCCCAAGGAACUCACCCAAAUGAUGGCUGCAGCAGCUGAUGGUUUGGGAAGUAUAGCAAUAGAUACAACACAGCUGAACAUGUCCGUCACCGAUCCAACAGCCUGGGCAACCGCCAUGAAUAACUUGGGGAUGGUACCAGUGGGCCUGGCAGGGCAGCAGCUUGUGUCAGAUUCAAUCUGUGUGCCAGGCUUUGAUCCCAGCCUGAACAUGAUGACCGGAAUCACUCCAAUUAACCCAAUGAUACCAGGCAUGGGAUUAGUACCUCCACCACCACCCACCGACAUGUCUGUCGUCAAAGAAAUAAUUCACUGUAAAAGUUGUACGCUCUUUCCUCCAAACCCAAAUCUUCCACCACCUUCCACAAGAGAGAGACCUCCUGGGUGCAAGACGGUGUUUGUGGGAGGAUUACCUGAAAAUGCUACCGAGGAAAUUAUUCAAGAAGUCUUUGAGCAGUGUGGCGAUAUCACAGCCAUUCGGAAAAGCAAGAAGAAUUUCUGUCAUAUUCGUUUUGCAGAGGAGUUCAUGGUUGAUAAAGCCAUUUACCUUUCUGGCUACCGCAUGAGAUUAGGCUCCAGCACUGACAAAAAGGACUCUGGGCGCCUUCAUGUGGACUUUGCUCAGGCCAGGGAUGACUUUUAUGAAUGGGAAUGCAAACAGAGAAUGCUGGCCAGGGAAGAAAGACACAGACGUAAGCUGGAAGAAGACAGGCUUCGACCUCCCUCCCCUCCGGCAAUAAUGCAUUAUUCGGAACAUGAAGCCACUUUAUUGGCUGAAAAGCUAAAAGAUGACAGCAAGUUUUCUGAGGCCAUUACAGUGCUGCUCACCUGGAUUGAACGAGGGGAAGUCAACCGGCGAUCCGCCAACCAAUUCUACUCCAUGGUCCAGUCGGCCAAUAGUCACGUCCGCCGCCUAAUGAAUGAAAAAGCCAACCAUGAGCAAGAGAUGGAACAAGCGAAGGAGAACUUCAAAGAUGCCUUAACCGGAAUUCUCACUCAAUUUGAGCAGAUUGUGGCCGUUUUCAACGCUUCUGCCAGACAAAAAGCUUGGGACCAUUUCUCGAAAGCUCAGCGCAAGAACAUAGACAUUUGGCGAAAGCACUCUGAGGAGCUCCGGAAUGCUCACAGUGAACAGCUCAUGGGGAUCCGGCGGGAGGAAGAGAUGGAAAUGUCUGAUGAUGAGAGUACUGACACCCCUAAUAAAAAAAUGAGAGUAGACGAAUCAGCCCUGGCUGCUCAGGCCUAUGCUCUUAAGGAAGAGAAUGACAGCCUCCGGUGGCAGCUGGAUGCCUACAGGAACGAGGUAGAGUUACUGAAACAGGAGAAAGGGCAGCUCUUCCGCACUGAAGAAAACCUCACCAAGGACCAGCAGCUGCAGUUUCUUCAGCAGACAAUGCAAGGCAUGCAGCAGCAAUUAUUGACCAUCCAAGAGGAGCUGAAAAACAAAAAAUCUGAGCUGGAACAAGCAAAAGAAGAACAGAGUCACACACAAGCAUUAUUGAAAGUUCUACAGGAACAAUUAAAAAGUGCCAAGGAAUUAGCCGAGACCAAUGGCCACAGCCACGAGGAUGCAAAUGAAAUCAACGUGCUGACUGUGGCAUUGGUCAACCAGGACCGAGAGAAUAAUACAGAAAAACGAAGCCAAGGCUUAAAGUCAGAGAAGGAGGCACUACUAAUUGGUAUCAUAUCAACAUUUCUUCACGUCCAUCCUUUUGGAGCCAAUAUAGAAUACCUUUGGUCAUACAUGCAGCAGCUGGAUUCUAAGAUUUGGUGUGGGUCGCCAUUGAAUGCUGUUGACCGCAUGGCACAGAUACAAGGAUCCCUUGCCCGCCUUAAGCCCAGGAUUGGAGUCAAAGAUGAGGAGAAUUUGGAGUUUCAUCACAACAAUAUCCUACCUGCUUUCCAGAUGUGUGACUCAGUGAUGAGGUCCUUUUACUCUGAGAUGAAGAAGCCUUUCACUGGCUCCUGA